CUUCCUCGGUUGUUGGACCCAACUCUUGGGCACUCUUAGGCUUUUCUCAGUAUCCAUACUUUUCUGCGGCCACUCCCCUCGUCUCCGCCCGCCCUCCUCCUACUCUUCACCUCCCUCUCAUCAACUCCUCUGAAGCUCUCAUCCUUCCCAUGUCCAUGGCGUUUCUGAGCUCUCUUUCUUUCCAUUGAAAAGUUGGGGCAACUUUUAAUUCUUCCCAUUUCGUUAAUCUUCCGUUUUCGGCCUCGAAAUUGGAGAUUUCUCCCUGGCUUCUUCAGCUCCCUGCGUAAGUUUUCUCUGGAUUUCUCUCUCUGCGUAAUUAGUCGAAAGGAUUUGCCACUGUUUGUUGUUUUCUAGUUGCAAUCAGUUCCUUUUGCGUUUGUGGGCUCUGCUCAAUUCGUGGUGAACGUUCUUCUUUGUUCCUGCGAUUGUUGUUCAAUAAUUGAGGGAAUUUGUGCGGAUUUUAGGGUUUAUGAUCUUCUAAAAGCUUGUUGGAAUUGGAUGUUUGAAGAUUGUUCUAAUUUAGGGUUUUGUUUUGGCUGUGGGUUUAGCUUCUGAUCUUGCUAUGAUACAUCUAAGUUCUAGGAUUCUUUAGGUUACUCUCUCUUGGAUCAUAUGCCCUGUUUUUCCUGAGAUCUACCCGUUUGGGCUGAGAAAUUGCGGGUAAUCUUGAUGGACUGGUGGGCAACAUUCAAGAACAGGUUGAUAUCAUACAGUAGUUAUUGGGAUGAACGAUUCUGCAUCCAUUGGCCGAUUUCAUGGACUCGUGCCGAUGUCGUUAGCAUUUGAUUUGAAUUUAAGUUCUUGUUGUUGAUUGUUUUAUUGGCCAAAAUGAUGGGACAUGGGAACUACUUUGUGGAAUGGAAGGAGCAAUUUGUUUCGCAAGAACGAGGAAACCGUGUCGUUCAUUAUUUUUUGAAGGAUUCGGGUGGAGAGUCGAUUCUUGCAGUUGUGGGGACUGAGAGGAGUGUUAGACACAUGUUUUAUGUUGUUGCUGAUGAGUUUUUGCAAGCUCAUGGGAAGGAAAGUUCUGUUCAUACCGGUUUCAAAUGGAGAUCGAGGAGAGAGGUCGUGGAUUGGCUUACUUCUAUGCUAUCUAAGCAGCAUUCGCCUCGGGAUCAUUCUGAGCCUUGUAAAUUUGAUGCAAUACAAGCCCUGGGAUCGCUUCAAUUUUCACAUAGUGGAGUAGUUGUUCCACAAUCCAAGGUUCGCCCAUCGAGGAAUUCCAAGGGACUUGCAUCAGAUAUUGUAUGGUCGGGUGCUGCAUGGACUUGCGGUAAACGACUCAAGCAUUACCCAUCGUUUUGCAGGAAUGGGACUUCAAUCAUGGUACAAUCUUUUGUUUAUGUCAUGGCUAAGGUAGACAACCACUACCUUGCUUAUCUGGAAGACAUGUACGAAGAUAAGAGGGGUCAGAAAAAGGUGAAAGUGAGGUGGUUUCAUCGUAGUCAAGAGGUGAAAGGUGUGAUCACGUUGCGAAACUCUCACCCGAGAGAAGUUUUCAUCACACCGUAUGUGCAGGCCAUCAGUGUCGAGUGUGUCGAUGGUUCUGCAACAGUCUUGAAUCGUGAACAUUACGAAAAAUGUGUGAAUGCCUUUCCUCAUGAUGCACUUUCCAAAGUUCAUCUUUGCUAUAGACAGUUCAAAAGUAACCGAUUAAAAUCCUUCGACCUGAGUAAAUUGCGUGGCUAUUUCGAUCAGCCAGUCUUCUCUUGUCUGAGUCUCAGUGUAUUAUCAAAAUCCGAGCCCGUCUUCGAUAGCUUGACUGAGGAGGACGAUGAAGAUUUGGACCCAGAAAAUAGUGUUAGACCGCAAGUUAAAAGGAUGAGAAAUGCUAAAGGAUGUCGAAAUUUUGAGUUCGCAAAUUCAAAAGUUCGAAAGUCGGGUAGUCAUCAACAUAUGUUGACCUAUAAAUCUUGCCAGAACCAUAAUUACAGCUUUCUAGGCACGAGGUUUCUUUCACAUAGACAUGUUUUGGACGAUAACAACCCAGCGUACGAGGUUAACGAGAAGAUCGAAUUGCUGUGUCAAGAUAGUGGCAUUCGAGGCUGCUGGUUCAGGUGUACGGUUUUGUAUGCAUCAUCGAAACAGAUUCGAGUACAAUAUGAUGAUCUGCAAGAUGAAGAUGGCUAUGGCAACCUUGAGGAAUGGGUCCCUGCUUGUAAAGUUGCUCUACCCGACAAACUCGGCAUGAGGCACCCGGGUCGCCUAAUCACAAGACCAGUCCCACAAGAGAAAACAGAGCUCACUCUUGAUAUCGGUGUCGCAGUUGACGCAUGGUGGAGCGAUGGCUGGUGGGAAGGAGUCGUUACUGGCCUAGAUGUUUCAGGCAACGACAACGUGCUCGUCUACUUUCCAGGUGAAAGCUUAUUCUUAAACAUUCAUCGAACCAAUCUUCGAAUAUCUAGAGACUGGUUAGGAGGCCACUGGAUUAACAUCGACACCAAACCUUCUAUACUUUCAACUAUAUCUGACAAUAAACAUUCCAAGUCUGCUAUUCAUGUAGCCAUGUCGUGCGUCGACAUUAACACCGACACUAAUCCUAGCCACGUAAAGGAGGAGGAAGAGACACUCGAGGAAACUGCGUUAGCUAGUCUCGAAAAGCUUCGUGAAGCAAACGACGAGCAGAAGCAAGUAUCGUCGGACGAAGACAACCGGAGUGAGGACGAUGAUGAUGUAGCUGACACGAAAAACAGUACCCGUGAUUUGAACAGCUGUGAUAGUGAGGAGGAAAACGAUGAACGUAGCAAUGGCGUUAAAUCGGAAAUGGAUUCCAUGGAAACGUCUGAACCGAACCGAGAGGAAGAAGAAGGAGAGGACAUGGAUAUGGAAGGUGUAGAUGCUUGUGCUCUGCUUUGUAAAUAGUUGAUGACUUAAUAUGUACAGAAUUGAGUGCAGAUUUAGUUGAGAGUAUUACUAUCUUAGUGAUGUAACAAGAUACUAUUGAAAGAUGAUUAUAAAGUUGUAUUUUCGUUGUAUUU